AUGGGGAAGUUCAGCGAUCUGUUCCGCAAAUCCAGUGACAAGGCGAAAACCUCUGGGCCGGACCCGAAGAGCUCGAAUCCCUACGCAGAUGUUCAACCUUCUCCCGCCGCUGAUCCAUAUGCCGCCAACCUCUAUCAUAACGCACCACGUCCUGGCGACUCGCGGCGACCGAGUCCUCAUCCCAGUGAAGGGCUGCACGGUCCUUCUCGCACCUCAACUGGGGAAAGCAACAAAACACCUCCUGGGUACCCAAACAGUCAAAUUGGAGCUCCAGGCGGCUUCGGACAGAACCGUUUUGACAAACAGCCUCCCAAUCAACGUCCAGGGGGGUAUGGCAGUCUUGAUACGGAUGACGGAAGCUCGUUUUCGCGUUACAGUUCUCUGUCAAAGCCAACGCAGGAUCCCAAUGUCCCACAGCAUGCGUCUUGGAAUGGUGGAUUUGAAGGAGAGCCUGCGCUGCAGGAAAUGACUGAAGAGCAGCGGAUCGAUUGGGAGUACAAUCGGACCAAGUUUCAAAUCAAGGCUGUCAGGAAUGAUACUACAAAUACCUCACGAAACAUACUCGCAAUGGCCAGGCAGGCAAAGGCCCAGCUCAUGUCUCAGCACGAAAUUAUUGACCGAGAUGAUGAGGUGAUUGAAAGAAUCGAUGAUCAUAUUGGCAGAGCCGACGGGGCAGCCACCACUGCGAGUGCUAGCAUCAAUGAGGUCACCAAAUCUGCCGGGAUGAUGGGAUUCAUUGGUGAGAAGCAGCGAGAUAAGAGAAGGGCUGCACUUGCCCAGGCUACUGCUGAGAAAGAGCUCAGCUACAAAGAACAGAGAAGGUUGGAAGAUGCCAAAUACCAAGAGAAGCAACAGGCACUGGAAAACCAGCAUCGCUCCCAAAAGCGUUUGCUUGGUCAAUUGCCUGAGCGCGAGCUUGCCAAAGCUCGCAAAGAGUUUAUGUUGGAAGAUGAGGAGAGCGACCCCGAGGAAUUGGCGAAGGAGCGGGAGAUCGCUACCAACACAGCUGAGACCUUGAGUGAAGUGCAAGACGUGAGGUACUUGGCAGAAAGUCUUAAUUUGAAGAUUAACCGUCAGAAUGACAGGCUUGCGAAGAUAAGCCAACGGACCGAUGUGGCCGUGGAUCAUGUCGGCAAAGGUCAGCGUCAGAUGGAUAUUCUUCUGGCCAAGAAAUGA